AUGCAAGCGCUGGCAAGCGCAAAAAUAUAUGUACCUCUUCGUGUCCUCGCGCCGGAUUCUCGAGUCUCCCAUGCCAUGUUGUGGUCCAAGGCCAGGAAGCCAUUGUUUUAG